AUGGGGGCCGUAAUCCAAGCUGUGAAAAAGAGCAAGGUGGGAGCCGUGGUCAUAUCGGUCUUUGAUUGGUAUCCCUCUCACUACCCGGCUGCCGAACGGAAACUGUUGAGGAAGUUGGACCUCGCAAUCCUAGUGUUCGGAUGCUUGAGCUUCUUCUGUAGAUUCCUGGGUCAACAAAACAUCACCAAUGCAUACGUCUCGGGUAUGAAAGAAGACCUCAACUCACAUGGGAAUGAGCUCAACUAUUAUGUCGUUGCUUACAACACGGCGUAUGUCCUUGGGCAGAUCCCACUGAUGACUCUCCAGACAAAAGCAAAGAUCGCACCUUAUCUUCUUCCGUCAUUGCAGAUCAUUUGGGCUGUCAUCGCUUUCUGUCAAUCGGAGAUCAAGCACAGCUGGCACCUGUACAUCCUCCGAGCCAUCACGGGAUUCCUGGAAGCGUCGUCAUUUGGCGGCACACAUCUUAUCCUUGGAAGUUGGUUCAAAGAUGAAGAACUCUUCAAGCGCGCCGGAACUUGGUUCAUGGGCAAUUCUCUGGGCUCCAUGUUUUCUGGAUAUCUCCAAGCAGCCGCUUACAGAAACCUAAACGGGGUAUACGGCAGAGCCGGCUGGAGAUGGCUCUUCAUCGUCCAAGGCAUCAUUACCCUUCCUAUUUCUUUCCUAGGUUUCGCAUUCUGGCCCGGAUUGCCUACUUCUCCGAGAAGGUGGUUCUUCACUGCUGAAGAGCACGCUCUUGCCGUCAAAAGAAUCCCGACAGUCGAGAAGGAGGGCAUCACUUGGAAGACCUUCAAGUACACGCUUUCUCGUCCAAUGUGGUGGAUUUGCGUGCCCUGCUACAUCUUCCUGUGUCAAGCACACUACUGGACAGGCUACAUGGCACUUUGGCUUCGCGAUGCGCAGUACUCGAUUGAGCUGGUCAACAUCCUACCAACUUUCAUUGAUCUACUUCGUGCGCUGUCCUCAUGGCUGGGAACGACUCUGGCGGGCUGCCUUAGUCUAAGAGGACUUUGGACCUUCCAAGCGAGUUUCGUGCUGUUUUCUUGCAUCGUUCUAUCCGUAUGGAACGUCCCAGACAUCCUGAAAUUCUGCGCCUUCUACUUUGGUGGCUUCUCAGGAAUGGCUUCGCCUAUCCUUUACUCCUGGCUGAACUUCACACUCAAGGAAAACUAUGGAGAACGUGGUCUCAUUAUCUCCUCGAUGAUGACUUUGGGUUUCUGCAACCAGAUUUGGAUACCCUUGUUCACAUUCCCAACCGUGGAGGCUCCUCGUUUCCCGCAUGGCUACCCGGCGGCGACCGUGUUCGAGGUUGCGAUGUGGGCGUUCCUGAUGUUUGGCGCUUGGUACAUGAAGAGAUGGAAGCAAAAGCAUCCCGACCUGGAAAUGAGGCUGGCCCACGAGGCGGCUAACCAGAAUGAUUCAUCUGUGGUGGCUUCGGACUCUGAAAGACCUGAAGCAGAAUUCGGGUCUCCAUACGAGAGCAAGGGACAGGAAGUGGUGGCAAGCCAAACCGUGUCAUCUGAGAAGAAGUAA